AUGGACAGUACUCUCCGCCGGCCUUCGUGCAGCGAAUUACAUGAUUUUCAAUCACAAACAAUUGCAGCAUCAGGUUCAGUUUCAAAUGAAACUCUUUCGCCAGUAUGUCAAUUGUAUCGUCGCAAAAAGUUUUAUUUGCAGCAGAAUUACGACUACAUCUAUAUGUUCAACAACCGGUUACGCAAUCGUUUAUACCAUGUUAAGAAGGAAAUCAAUUAUUUGAAACGUUUGAAAAGGAUUCUUUGUCAGCGAUUAUAUACCUUUCGUGAUCCCUUUAUGGAUUCAUGCUUGGAAAUUCCUGAUAAUGACCCACUGACACCGCCAAUGGAAAAAUUUUCUGGCGAAUCUGCUGGAAAACCAUCUAGUAAUUUGAAAAAAAAGAAGGCAGCUGAAGUUAAACGAGUUAAUCAGCAAGCAAGCGAGGUGUCUUCGAUGGCUGAACUAGCGAAGAAUAGCGUUAUAUCCAUAAUAGAUUCGGUAAUUACUGAAUCACAUGAAGAACGGGUACGUGCCACUCAAAAUUUUGGUAAUCAACAAAUUUCUUUGCAUAAUUCUGGCUUAACGAACUUGAAUGGAGCUACUCAUAAUAUAACUCGUCCUGAAGAUGUAAGUCAAGUAUAUAGACUUUACUAAUU